AUGAAGGGCGAUUUACUUGAAUUAAGUGAAUCUAAGAGUAUAAUUGAUAAUUUUACAGCUAAAUUCGGUUCUAUAAAUGGUGUUUUGUUACUAGACAAGUCACAUUUCUGUAUAGGAUCACAGGGUAACUUGAAGAAAUCUGAUGCAUCAGCUAUCGCUGAAUUAAUCGAUAACGUCUGCACUAUUCCGAAUAACGUCUACAAAAUUCAACUGUCUCCAAAUCGCGGUUUUUUAUACCUCCUCAAUAACGAAUCAAUUACGAUAGCCAUACAAAGUUAA